AUGUUCAAGCGAUGCCAUUAUUUCGCACGCGGAUUCUGCAAGCAUGGAAGCGCGUGUCGCUUCCUGCACGCGUCGCACGGCCAGUCGGCGACGGCGCCCGUGUCGUCGCCGGGGUCGCCCAGUGCGACGAGUUCGGACGGCAUGAUGGCGGCUGCGACGUACCCCGAGCCGCAAGGCGCGGAAGAGACUGCUGCUUUGAGCUGCACGGCCGCGAGCGGCGGCGGCGACGAAACUGGUGUUGAUGCCAGUAACGCCAGCGGGAACGGCGGUAAUGGUGGAGAUUCCUUUGCUGGCAGCACCGCCGCAACCGGCGGCGGCGGUAGCGGUGGUGGUGUGGCCGGGACUGUUGCUGGCGGGCUCGUGGGCGGCAGCCCGGGAUCUGCGGCGGGUUUCACGCUGGAGCGGCUCGAGGCGGAGCUUCACGACUUGCUUAGAGAGCACAAGGGGCCUAUCCACGUGGCAUCGCUUCCACAGCUGUACGCGGAGCGGUUCGGGAAGCCGUUGCAAGCGGAGGGGUACCUAACUGAGAGCCAGCGGCAGGGGCGGCCCGGACUAAGUACACGUGGCAGCCGUAGAGCACAUCUCUCUUCCCCCUCCUAUCUGGGCUUUAUUCCUCUCCCCCCCCGCCGCCAUUUCCCCCCUUCUAUCUUCCCCUCUGCUUACUCCUACACCCAACCUCUCCCCCUUUCCCUUCCCCCGCCUUUCUCCCCCCCUGCGCGCAGCAAGUUCGGGCCAGUCCACGAGGUGCGCGUGCCACAUCAGCAGAAGCGCAUGUUCGGAUUCGUCACGUUCGCUUUCGCGCACAGCGUGAAAGCAAUUCUCGAGGAGGGUAACCCGCACCACAUCGGCGGCUCGCGCGUGCUCGUCAAGCCGUACCGCGAGAAAUCGCGCCACGGCAGCGCCGCCACGACCGCGCACGGGGACCGGAAGACGCGCACGGGUGCGGACCGCGGCGCGCAGGUGUCGCCCGCGAAAGGCGGCAUGGAGUCUUAUUCAGCGGCUGUUGCGGCUGCUGCCGCAGCAGCUUCCGCGGCCGUGUAUGACGCGCCGCCCAGGCGCAAGAGCUUGUAUCAGUCGCUGUCUGACGUGGAUGCCUUGCGGGGCGCAAGGGGCGUGGGGGGCGUGGGGGGCGUGGGGGGCGCGGGGGGCGUGGGGAGCGCGGGGGGCGUGGGGGGCAUGGAGGGCGCGGGGGGCGUGGGGGGCAUGGGGGGAAUGGGGGGAAAAGGUAUGGGUGGUAUGGGCGGCAGUAUUGGAAUGGGGGGAAUGGGCGGGAUGGGUGGUGGUGGUGGUACGGACGAGCACCUUUUCAAGCCCUCCUCUCUCGGCCUCGCCUCUUCCUCCUUCUCCUCCUCCUUCGCCUCCUCCAUCUCGUCAGGUUUGACCGGAUUCGCCUCUGCUCGCACUCCCAUGGAUCACUCUUUCUCCUUCGCCUCCUCCUCCCUCUCGUCUCUCUCCUCUCUCCCCGGCUAUGGCGCCGCAACUACCACCACUACAGCCCACUUUCCACACGUGUUCUGGUGUCGCCUCGUGCUCCCACUUGUCCCUCUCGUGUGCCUUUCCUCUCUUCCCGGCUAUGGCGUCUCAAAGAGGCAGCUCACGCCUGUCCGACCCAACUCCCGCCUCCCGCUUCUCUCCCCUCCCCCUUGCUGCGUUUCCCCCUGGUCGUUGCAAACAGGCGAUGCAGCCCGUCAAGGCCUUCCUCAAACGCCCACACACCGGCAGCUCGAUGACGCGAUGCAGCCCCUGAAGGUCUUCCUCAAACACCCACACACCGGCAGCUCGAUGACGUCUUGUAAGCUCGCCCCCCCCCCCGUCCCACGCUCCUCCGCUGCUCCCUUCAUCUCCUCUCCGUUUCUUUCACCCAGCGGCUGUUCUCGCUUCUGCCAAACAGUCCCUUCACGUCCUCCGUAA